AUGCAAAUACCAGUGAAGCCAGACAGUUUAAUUAAACUACCAUUAGAAAUAGAGCAAUUAAAUAAAACGCAAACUCAUCUAUUCCAAGGCCAAGAAGAAUAUAAACAUAAGGCUCGUCUCUUGACAGGAACACAAGAUGAUACAUCUCUUCACCCAAAGGCAUUUGAAGAAGAAUUAAAAGAUUUACAAGAUCAUUUUCAAAGUCUUCAAAAGCAUUAUAAUGAGGUUUUUACACAACAAAUGUUUCUUGAACGAUUACUGGAACCCUCACCUUUUCCUGUAAUGAAUUUAAAUGAAUCUGAACAAAAAGCUGAAGCAUUAAAAGAAGAGCUCAAUAGUUAUACAUUCCAAAUAGAAGAUCUCAAAAAUCAAAUCAAAUUCCUCUCUCAAUCUUUAGAGGCUGCUAGAAAAGAUUCGACUCAUGUUAUUGAUGAAGCAACAAACAUGCUUGAUCAGAUUACAGCCAUGGAAGAAGAGAUAAAAAGAAUAGAUUCACUUAUAUCAAGACAAAGUAAAUAUACGAUUGAAGAAGCCAAGAUUAUAUUAAAAGGACAGACAGAGGAAAUAACCAAGUUAAAUAGAGCCAUUGUUGAAAAGCAAGAUAAUAUAGAAGAACAACAAUGGACUGUAGAGGAUCUAGAAGAAGAAGUUAAUCAAUUAAAUGAAAAAGCAGAGGAAUUAACAAAAACUUCCAAUAAAGUGCUUAGUAUGAAUCAACAAAAGAAUAAACAAAUCGAAGAAGAUUAUUUUAGAUACAUAGAUUAUGUAAAUAUGUGUAACCAAAUGUAUGGAGUUGAACGAAUUGAUUUUGAAUCAAGUACAAAAAUUCGAAUUACUUAUGCAAAACCAAUAGAAGCCGUAUUACAUAUUGAGUUGAAUGAUACUGGAAAUAGAAUAGAAAAUGUAAAAGUAUGGGUUUAA